AUGGCCAUCGGCAUCGCAGAACAGAAUGAACAAAUCACAUACCUCCGCUCGGUUCUGGCCGUCUUAACCACUUCAACUAAUGACCUCAUCGCCGAGCUCGCAUCCUCUUCGGCUUGUAAGUCUACAGUAAGCAACGGACAUGGAACCACGACAAAUCAUGCAGAUGCUCGAAUCCCGAAAACCGCCAAGGCGGAAGAAGCCCGCAAGCGCAUAAUUGCCGCCACAGCAUCCCUGGAGGCGGCCGUCUUGACACCUCAAUGGCGUCUCGGCCACCUGGCUCAUAGCUACUUUGUAUCUCGCGCGCUACACAUGGCUGUCGAGUGGGGGAUACCCCAGCUUCUGGCAAGCAAUGGCCCCAUGACGCUCGAAGCUCUCGCUUCCAAGACGGGUAUCGUCGAUGCGAGCAAGCUGGGCUUUGUAAUGCGGACCCUCUGCUCCCAUCACAUCUUUGCCGAGACGGCUCUUAACGUCUUUGCAAACGACGAGGCGUCCACGGCCCUUGCUACUAAUGAACGCCUCGCCAAUUCUGUCCGCUACGCCUCCUUCCUCUUUCCGACGGCCAAUGUGUUGCCUGGCCUGCUCAUGGAUCCCGUCCUCUGUGCGAGCUACGCGCCGCGAGACUCGGCGUUUGCCAAAAGCAUCGGCAAGGGCAUGGGCCAGUUCGAAUACCUCAACGCGCACCCUGAGUGGCGUGACUGCUUCGACCUCUGGCUCGCUUCGCUGGGAGAGUAUCUUCAUGGGCUGACCGACGUACGGGGGUACCCCUGGGACUCUACCCUCCGGAACGGCGCCGUGAUCGUCGACGUUGGCGGUGGACUCGGCAGCUCGAUCCAGGCCUUGCGUACAAAUUUCCCUAGUCAGAAGAAUGACUUCGUCGGCAUCGUCCAGGACCAGCCUGGCAUGAUCGCACACGCCACGGCACACUGGAACAAGACGGAUCCGCAGGCGUUGACCUCGGGCGCGGUCAAGCUCACCCCUCACAACUUCUUCAAUGAGAAUCCCGUCAAGGGCGCCGACGUGUACUGGUUCCGGUCGGUCAUUGUAGACUGGCAGGAUGAAGACUUGACCACCAUGUUUACGCACAUCAGGAACGCUAUGGCGCCUGAAAAGUCGCGUCUGCUUAUUGGCGAGUACAUGAUGCACCCGACGUGCGGCGAUGCUCUGCUUCCCGAUGCGCCUGCCCCGUUGUUGAAGAAUUACGGUGAAUUCCAGGCCAUGGGGCUCAUUGCAGGGUUUGUCUUAACUGCUAGUCCCAACGGUCGCCAGAGGACCUUUCAAGACUUGGGUAAGGUUGUCAAGGCGUCUGGAUUGAAGAUUGUCAAGGUGUGGAUCUGCCGUGGUCUGGGGAAUGUGAUUGAGUGUCGGUUGAAGGAGGACCGUGUAACUGGCACGGAGAGUAGUCAUUAA